AGUCUAAACUGGAAAAAUGGCGGGAGCUUUGGGUCCGGCGGUCGACGCCGCUCGGCUGGACGAAACGAUAGCAACGGGGACAAGCAGCCAGGCCCCGGUCCCCACUGCUCCCCGAGAGGACUUCCGAGUGCGCUGUACCUCGAAGCGGGCCGUGACGGAAGUUCUAGGACGGUGCGGCCGCUUCGUGCGAGACCUCGGGGACGCGCUGCCUGAGGAGGUUCGGGAGGCCGCGCUGCGAGAUAUGCAGUGGACUUUCGAAUCAGCUAUGCAAGAAAAUGUCAGCAUUAAUGGGCAAGCUUGGCAGGAAGCUUCAGAUAGCAGUUUUAUGGAUUCUGACAUCAAAGUACUUGAAGAUCAGUUUGAUGAAAUCAUAGUAGAUAUAGCAACAAAACGUAAGCAGUAUCCCAGAAAGAUCCUUGAAUGUGUUAUCAAAACCCUAAAAGCUCAACAUGAAAUUUUGAAGCAGUAUCGCCCUGUUGUACAUCCAUUGGACUUAAAAUGUGACCCUGAUCCAGCUUCUUGUAUGGAAAAUUUGAAAUGCAGAGGAGCAACCAUAGCUAAAGAGAUCAGUGAAGCCAUGAAGACUUUGCCUGUAUUGAUUGAACAAGCUGAUGGAUUUUCUCAGGUUUUAAGGAUGCAGCCUGUUAUCCAGCUCCAGAGGAUCCACCAAGAAGUCUUUUCUAGUGGUGACUGGAAACCAGACCCUAAACCUGAGAGCUCUGUGACAUCGAUAGAAACCACACCCACAACCACUGCUCCCAGGCCAGCCUCUGGUGUGGUACUGAAAAGAAGGCGACCUUCAGACUGCCCCCAGAGAAAGUGGUAUCCAUUGCGGCCCAAGAGAGUUAACCUGCAUACGUGAAACUCUUUGCUCGCUUGGGGAGUUGGAAAUAGGGUCUGUGAACAUUUGCAUUACAGCCUACGUGCCUAGACAGGGCUUCAUUUAAAACAUUCAAGUAACUCUUACAAAAAUAUAACUCUCUGCUAGGAUAUGGUAUAGUAUAUUUUUUCACUCAUCAUUUGAUCUGUAGUAGAUGAGUAGUAUUUUUUAAUUACAAUUUUUAAAAAUACGGGCACAAAGCACAUCAGUGGACAUUAAAUGCAAAUUGGUACUGUGCUUAAAUGCCAUCAGUUCUUGGCUGCCUUGCAGCUUUUGUGAAAUUCCAUGAGAAGCCUAUUCUGCUGGGUUUCCCUCAGGGCUUUUUUCCCUUUAGGAGGAGGGCUGCAUAAUAGUUAUUUAGUGCUGAAAACAAAUCAGUUCUACACAACAGCUGCUUUUCUUUUUAGAUGCAGCUAUUUUAUUUAUUUAUGAUGCUGAGUUUUGAACCCAGGGUCUUGGGCAUGUAAUACAUGACCUUUACCACUGAGCCCCCAUCCCUAAGUGCAGUUUAUCAAACUCAUGCAGAUGCCAAGGCCAGCUUUGGCUUUGUUAUUCUAAAUUCAGCUAAUUUGCAUUUGUGGGAUUAAUUUUAAUUUUGGAAGUUUUUUUUUCUGGUAAGACAGCUGUUAUUUUUUUUAAGACAACUAUUAUUGAUCCAAGAUUUUUUCUUUUUUUUUUUUUUAAGAAUUAGUCUGAAACCUAAGCAUGUAGCCUGUAUCUCUUGCCCAUACUUUUGUAAUUCAUAGACCUUUUACACAAGUUGACAUGGAGCUAGUAAUUUCUAUUUAGGAGUCUUCAUUUCUUUCUAGGUAGGGCCUUCCAAUUGAAAAUAUUUAUCAGAUUGAUACACAACAGAUUGUCAUUGUGCAGCAAUUGCAGUCAUUCUGAACUGUUUCUUGUCUAAGGAUGCUUGUAUAUCAGAGUUAUAAUCAUUGAUAGAGGCCCCAAAAAGCAUCCUGUCUACACUUUAGACCUU